AUGGCAAAAUCAUUUGUAGAUACAACUAAUAACCAAGUCCAAAGUUCAAAUUUGAUAAAAAGUGGAGUGUCCUAAAUAUUAACCUGAUAUUUAGAGAUAGAUGGCAGAAUGUUGAAAUCAUUUACUGCCCUCUCCAGACUACAGCAGAGUAACAGAGUGUUAUCAAGAAGAGUUAUCCCCUCUUUGUUUUAUUGUACACAGAAAACAAGCAUGCCAGUCACUAAAGCGGUCAUAUUUGAUCUGGGUGGUGUAAUUGUACCCCAACCUAUGAUUGCUUUUCGAGAAUUUGAGAAAAGUAAAGGUUUACCAGCAGGCCUGAUUGGUAGAAUGAUAGUCAGAAAUGGUGAUGAGGGGGCUUGGUCAAAACUAGAAACAGGAGAAUUGGCAUUUCCACAGUUCAUGGAGGCUUUUAACAAGGAAUGCUCAAAGGAGAUGGGCCAGGAAGUUGACAUGACAGACAUGUUUGUUUCUCUACACGCUGCCCUUAUAAAUCCAUUUCCACAGAUUAUAGAUGCUAUUAAGUGUAUACGUGAGGAAGGCAUGAAGACAGCCAUCAUCACAAAUAACUGGAAACACCCUGGAAAUGAUUCAGGAAUGUUAUCAAAAAUUAAACCUCUAUUUGAUGUGAUCAUUGAAUCAUGUUUGCUUGGAAUAAGAAAACCUGACCCCAGAAUCUUUCAUGCAUGUCUAAAGGAACUUGACCUUCAACCUGAAGAAACAGUGUUUUUAGAUGACCUUGGUGUAAACGUGAAAUCAGCAAGACAAUUAGGCAUAAGAACAAUUAAGGUUACUGAUCCUGAUCAGGCAGUGAGAGACUUAGAGAAGGAAUUAGGUGGACUGUGUAUGAGAUGUUAUAAAGAAGAUACCAUAACUGUACCAAAACAUCUGGAAAUCAACAUGGAUAAACUAAAAAGCUACCUCAACUGGGCUCUGAAAUUACAUUCUAAAGAUCCUCCUGUAAUACGAUGUUUCAGACAUGGUCAAUCCAAUCCUACAUAUUAUGUCUUCUAUGGAGGGAAACAUCUUGUUCUUAGGAAGAAACCACCUGGUAAAUUACUGCCUUCAGCACAUGCUGUAGAGAGAGAGUUUAAAGUGAUGAAAGCUGUUGGACAACAUGGUGUACCUAUACCCAAGAUGUAUGGCCUUUGUGAAGACAGCAGUUUGAUAGGAACACCAUUUUAUAUCAUGGAGUAUGUAGAUGGUAGAAUCUUCAAAGAUCGUGCUCUUGCUGGACUGACAAGACAGCAGCGUGGAGAGGUCUAUUCUGAGAUGAUCAGUACUCUUGUAAAGAUACAUUCUGUCAAUAUAUCAGCUGCUGGCCUCGAUGAUUAUGGGAAGAAAGGUGGAUAUUUACAGAGAAACAUAACCCGCUGGACUAGACAGUACGAAGCCAGUAAAACACAUGAGAUAGAAGCUAUGGACAAACUUAUCAAAUGGUUACCAGAACAUUUACCACAAGAUGAACGUGUAACAGUUGUCCAUGGAGACUUUAGAGUAGAUAAUAUGAUAUACCAUCCAACAAAACCUGUUGCCAUAGGAGUUAUUGACUGGGAACUCUCCACCAUAGGAGAUCCAUUAACUGAUUUAGCUACCUGUUGUCUUGGUUACUACACACCAUCAGCACUUGAUGUCAUACUUCCUGCUUUAGGUGACCUAGACUUAAAAGAACUAGGGAUACCUACAGUAGAGGAAGUUGUUGCUGAAUAUUGUCAAAAAAUAGGAAUUGCCCCUAUAAAUAACUGGGACUGGUAUGUGGCUUUUGGACUAUUCAGGAUGGCAGCCAUUAUCCAAGGGGUAUACAAGAGGUCACUUCAAGGCCAAGGUAGUUCCCCUACAGCUAAUUUACUGGGAGGUUUCACUGAUCAGAUAGCUAGCAAGGCUUUAGAUAUAGCAUUGAAAAGUAACAUACCACCAACCAUGAGUAGACCAGGAACCAGACAAUAUUCUACGGCUGCCGGUCACGGUAAUGCUGGCUCCAUGAUAGUUUCACCAGAUGCCUUACCUCCAAGGGCUAAAGCUACCUAUGAUAAAGUGAAGAAGUUUAUAAGAGAAGAAAUCAUGCCAUUAGAAAAAGACCUGGACAAACAUUCCCUACCCUCAGCAGAUAUGUGGAAAGUCCCUCCUGUUGUUGAAAAACUUAAGGCUAAAGCAAAAGCUGAGAGACUCUGGAAUUUAUUUUUACCCAAAGAGUCUGACCCAGAAGGUCACUAUGGAGCUGGAUUUACUAAUGUAGAAUAUGCAUUUAUGUGUGAAGAAAUGGGAAGGUCUAUGGCAGCACCUCUGGUAUUUAAUUGUAGUGCCCCAGAUACAGGUAACAUGGAAGUGUUAGUGAAAUAUGGAACAGAGGAACAGAAGAAACAAUGGCUAACUCCAUUACUGAAUGGGGAAAUGAGGUCAUGUUUUGGAAUGACUGAACCUAAUGUUGCUUCCUCAGAUGCUACAAAUAUCCAGUCAUCAAUAGUCAGGGAUGGGAACCAGUAUGUUAUCAAUGGUAGAAAAUGGUGGACGUCAGGUGCCAUGCAUCCAGACUGUAAACUAUGUAUAUUUAUGGGGAAGACAAACCCAGAUGCUCCUAAACAUAAACAACAGAGUAUGAUAUUGGUUCCCAUGGAUACACCAGGGGUGACUAUUGUACGACCUCUAACUGUAUUUGGUUACCUUGACCAACCAGCUGGACAUGCAGAAGUGUUAUUUAAAGAUGUGAGAGUCCCAGCAUCAAAUCUGUUACUAGGAGAAGGGAGAGGGUUUGAAAUAGCUCAAGGUAGACUCGGUCCAGGAAGAAUACAUCAUUGUAUGAGACUGAUAGGCCAUGCAGAAAGAGCGCUAGAACUUAUGUUAGAUAGGACCCAAAACAGAGUGGCGUUCGGUAAACCAUUGGCAGCUCAAGGGACAAUACAGGCAGACAUAGCUGAGUCUAGAAUUGAAAUAGAACAAACAAGAUUACUGGUCCUUAAAGCAGCUCAUAUAAUGGAUAUGUAUGGUAACAAGGUUGCAGCACCUGAAAUAGCUAUGAUCAAAGUAUCAGCUCCCAACAUGGCCCUCAGAGUAAUAGACAGAGCUAUACAGUCCCAUGGAGGUGCAGGGUUAUCUGAUGACUAUCCACUGGCUAUGUUUUAUAGCUGGGGUAGAAUUCUAAGAUUAGCAGACGGUCCAGAUGAGGUUCACAGACGUACUAUUGCCAGAUUAGAAUACAUGAAAUUUAACAGUUCUAAGCUUUGAUCAGGCUCAUGGAGGAGCCGGAGUGUCAGGUGAUUUUCCAUUAGCCGGUGUUUUUGCAGGUGUAAGAACACUCCGUUUGGCUGACGGCCCUGAUGAAGUUCAUCGUAGGUCCUUGGCCAGAAUGGAAUAUUUUAGAUUCAAUCAAGCUAAACUGUGAUCUGCUACUGAAUGACAAUUUUGCCACUUGCCACAAAUUGCUGCAGUAUUGCAAAUGAUGUUAUAAGCUAUUGUUUGUGGUUGUCUUCCAACAUAAAAAAAGGGUAUUUUUUCAGUUGUUUAUUCUGGCAAAAAAAGGAUUAUGUUGUAAAAUCUCUAUAAAACUCAAUAUUUCACUAGUUUUGCUAAAUUGCUAUAGCUGUAAAUAUGACAUGUAAAACUUUAAAACAAGUAAGUCCAAUAGUAUAGGGUUAUUGCUAGAAAAAUUGCUGCAUAUUGUUCCGACUAAAUUUUUAUAUUGCAAAAGCUUGAGAGAGGGAAUUAUUUAUCAAUAUCUUUGCAAUAAUUAUUGCAAUUCACAUUUAUAAAGUAUAAUUUUUAUUUGUAAUAUUUAUAUCUUAGAUUUUUUAUCAUUCAUGUGAUGGCUGAUAUAUAUAUUUAUAUUAUCUAAUAUAUUCAAGAGUUGAAAACUACUACAAUGAAGCAAGCUUGUUUCUGAAACUGCCUGCUGAGAAGUCUUUUUUGUUAUUUGUUUUACAGAGUUGUGUAUGCUAUUUGAUUCAAUGUUUUUAAAUUAUGUCUCUAAUCAUGGCCAAGUAUGAAAAAAUAUGUUGUAUUGAACUCUUUAUACCUGCAUGUAUAUAAGUGAUAAAUGUUGAGGAUGUUACAUGUAUGCAGUUAAAUUGAUUAAAAAGAAAUACUAUGUAUUUGGAAUGCAAUCAAUGCAUCCAGCCUGUAACCCUGUAUGCCUUAGAAAGCACUGUAAGGAAAUUAAUCUUUUCAAUCACUUCAGUGAAGAAAUGCAUAUGUCUUUUCACUGAAAUGUAACCAAUAAAGUGUGAAAUAUUCAAGAUAGUUUGUUUGGUUUUUGGAAAGGGUCAAAAUGUUAACUAGCAAUCAGUGUAUAAACAGUAAGAAGCCAAUAAGACCUCUUAAUAUUUAGUAUUUUAGUGCAGAUCAUGUUGACGUCAUGAACCAAUACAUGUGUCGUAAAUGCUUAUUGUUAUAUUUAUACAUUAAUUUUUAUUGAUUAUAUUUUUGGUAAUAAAGAUGAUUUGAUUUAAA